AUGCCCGGAGAGGGCCUAGGGGGCGGCUGGGCAGCUCGGGUGCAGGGGUGUCGUGAGUGGCUGGAGGCCCUGAGGUCAGGGCAGGGGAGCGAGGAGCCCGAGGAAGUGGGGUGGACAGCAGACGGGCAGGCAGGGGCACUGGCCGGGAGCCCCUCCCCGUCUGGAGGCCCUUUGGGAGCCCCCAGCAGCCAGGUGGGGGGAUCCUUUAACCCCCCGCCACAGCUCAGUGCCUACACCCCAGUGGGAAGCCCCAGGCUGGGCAUGCACCCCAGUCCAGGUGCCCAGUCCCUAGGGGCUGGGGAGACAGGCAGGAGCCUGAGGUCCUCUGAGAAGAGCAGCAGCUGCCGAUGCUCCCCCACUGGGCCUCUGGGGCUGGGCCACUCAACCCAGGCCCGGCAGGCAGCCCCGGGGCCCGCUCGGCCCGUGGCCAUCCUCUUCCAGGCGAGGUCUCAGGGUCCCCGGCGGGGCCCGAGGGUGGUAGGCCGCCCUGCAGGGGAAGUCCCUGUUCUCGCCCGGGAUGGAGGGCACCUGCGCCGUGGGGCUCCCCACCUCCCCACAACCGAGGGGACAAUGAAAUCAGGAGGGCAAAGGGCCCAGCCAGCCGCGGGAAGGUCUGUUGAUCCACGGCCGGGCCCCCCCACCUUCCGGCGGCCCAGCCCGGCCUCCGACAGCCUUGAUAAAUAUUUGUCGAAAAGAGUAAGUGGAUGGAAACCUCCGACCUCGCGGCUGCCAGAUGUGGGGUGCCGCCCGGGCUGUCACUGGCGGGGACCUCGCUUCCACCUUGUUCCCUUCCUGGGCGCCGGGACCCGACCCCCCUCCCGGGGCCAGGCGGGGCGGCUCCCUCUCGGGCAGUGUCAGGCAGGGCCAGGGCCGCGGCCACUCGCCAGCUCCCAGCUGGCACCCAGGGCUGGGCCUGGGCAGCUGUGCUGGGGUGUCGGCCAGGGCGCCCUGCAGUCCCCUCCACCCACCCUCAUCCCCCAAACCCAGAAUGGUGGAAAAACAGCCCCGGCCAGUCGUCGGAGAAUGCGGGCGCCGGGAAGUCAGGGCUCAGUCGGCUGUGGGGGGGGGCCCGGAGGAGACCAGGGGGCAGGGGAAGAGGGGGCUCCCACGCCCCUGGGGGUCCCCGCGCACCCGGGGAGAGGGGAGCGCACAGGCGGGGCUGGAGGGAGCAGCGAGUCCCUGGAGUGUGACCCGGGACAGAGCUCCUGGGGCCCCCGACAGCUGCCCCCCCAGAGACGGCGCCCCCGGGGACAAGGGGAAGGGACUGCGCCCCCGAAGCUGCCCGACACGGCGGGACCACUGCCUCAGCCCGGCGGGCGCACCCGGGGUUUGGAAACGGAGGUGUCCGACGGGGAAACGGACGGCGGCAGCCGGGGACCCCGAGACCACCCGGCCCCGGACGGGUACCCGCCGCUGGUCCCCCCAGUCGAGGCGCCCCCGACCCCGCUGCCCCUGCCGCGUCCCCCUGUCGUCCCCUCGGGGCCGCGGCCCGGGUGCUCACCGCGCGGCGCCGCCCAGGGCUGGGGCUCCUCUGCGCGCCGCGGCGCCGCCGUCCUCCGGGGCCGCUCGUCCCCGCGGCGCUGCGGGCUCCGGGUCAGCGCCGGCCCCGCGCCCGCUCCAGCCGCGCGAACUGGGCGACAGCGACACCGGGCGGGGGCCGGGGGCCGGGGGCGGGCGCCGGGGGUCCCGCAGAAGCGCCCGCGCCCCAUCUCCCUGGCGCGCCCUCCGGCGGGUCUGCUGCUCCCCCCGAGAGCCGGGUCCGCGACCCCCGGGGUGUCUGCGCUCGGCGCCCUCCCCCUGGCCCCCCGGGAGCCUCCAACUUCGAACCGCGGUGCCCCCCCGAUUUGCCCCCUGAUUGGCCGGGAGGGUGGACCCCCCCUCACUGCCCACCGCGCUCCCGGGCGACGCCGUUCGUUCAUCGCGGAGCAGGUCGGGUCAAGGGGAGGAGAAACCCCCCACUCGCCGAGCGCAAGGUCCCUCCUGCCCGUGUCCACUCCCUGGUAA